AUGGUGCAGAGGCUAUUCAGACUGCCAUGGGCCUACUUGCCCAGCAACAAGGCUGCGGUCGCCGUGAUAGCCUCGGUGAGGGUUGUUGACUUUUACCAAAUCGCGAGUUUCCAGACCUGCAUAACCCUGCAUCUCCAGUACUUGGACCCAGGCCUUCCGCUGGCCGACGUGGCCCGCAACGUCGGCAUAGCCCAGGGUAUCUUCACCGCCGCUCAGAUUGUCUCUGCCCCGGCCUGGGGUGUCGCGGCUGACAGGAUCGGCCGCAAGGCAGUCAUUCUCAUCGGGCUCGUCGGCACGGCCGUUGCCUGCGUCGCCGUCGCCUUCGCAGGCUCCUUUCAGACGAUAGUCCUUUGGCGCUUGUUCGCCGGCGCCGUGAACGGAACAGUAGUCGCUGCUCGGGCUGCCAUGUCCGAUAGCCUUCCGCCGCAACAUCGACCGGCGGGCUUCUCGACGCUGGUCCUUGCGUUCCACGUUGCCAACGCCGUGGGUCCAUCCGCCUCCAUGAGGUCCGGGGCUGGCACAACUUCCAGCCUUGGCCUUCCCGACUACAUUGGCGAGAACAGGCUGAUGGCUUCGUUGUCUAAACAGCCGUAUGCGCUGCCAAACCUCCUAAGUGCGCUUUUUCUCCUCAUGGAUGCCCUUUUGGUUUGGUUCAAGUUGGAGGAAACUUCCAAGGACGCGCACCAGAUCCGGCACAUGGCAGCUGUUCAACUACAAUCCUGGACCGCACGUCUCCGUCAAUACAGACGUGUGCCUGACUGCGAGGACCAGACAGCUUCCAUGAUGGAUUCUUCGGCCAAGAACGAACCAAUCCUCGAAACGCAGCAACUUACAAGCCACAACCAAGAGCCAACAGAACCACUAUGGACACCCAGGCUUUUCAUUGUCCUUGCCACAGUGGCUAUUCUCGAGUUUCACCUCGGUGCUUUUGGGUCCAUGUGGGCUCUUUUCGUGGUUGCCGACCGCCGCAAGCCCGACGCCCCCAUCAAGCUGCCCUUCACUUUCACCGGCGGCCUUCAACUUGAAAGCUCGCAGCUUGGUUUCGCCAUGGGAAUGCUUGGGAUCAUCGGCACUCUGCUACAGUUCACAGCCGUGCCCUACUACACGACCAAGAAAGGUGCAGUUCGGUCGUUCAAGGCCUCGUUACCGCUGUUUGCCAUUUCACUUUUCUUGGCCCCGUACCUCUCGCUCGUGCCCGCCGCUCGUUCCGGCACUCUCUGGCUGGGCAUCUUUCUCGUUCUCUUCCUCCAUGUCGUAAGCCGGUCGUUUGGCAUUUUGGCGUCGAUCUUGCUCGUGAACCAGGCCACCAAUCUGCCAUCCCGUCGUGGAACAGUUCACGGAAUAGGCAACACGGUGUCGAGCACCUUUCGUACGGCUGGUGCCAUGGCUGGGGGGGUGUUAUACGGACUCGGCGAGCAGCGGAAUCAAGUGGGAUUCGGUUGGUGGUUUGUGUGUUUUGUGAGCAUUCAGGGCUGGAUCAUGGGAUGCUGGCUUUGA